UCCCAAUUUUUAGGCAUGGAGUCUAUGGACACCCGUGGGGUUAUUUUCGAAUUCCCGCAUAGCGUACUGUUGGGUCCAUUUUGCUUCUGUUUGGCAAUUCUCCCUAUUUUCAAAGAUGGCAUUAACAACAGAACCCAACCCAAUAUGACACGAUCCCUCCACUUCCCGACGUCGUUUCAUUUCCCCAACCCAACCCACUCCUCCCACCUCAACUCGAUUCGGGCCACCACCAAAACCCUAGCUCCCCGCAUCGACAAUCCACACUUCCGCCCGCUACAAAUGACGACGGCGACGACAGAGCCUCCGAUUACGAGUGGCGAAAACUCUCUCCAAAACGAGGACAGAUGCGCUUCACAACCUCUAAUGUCGAAGAGGGCGCAGAAGAAGCUGUUGAAGCAGCAGAAGUUCGAAGCGAAGAAGGCGCAGAAGAAGGCCCUGGCGAAGGAGCAGAGGAAGAGGGAGGGCGAGAGGAAGCGGAGGGAGUGGGAGGAGAGGGUCGCGGGGUUGUCGGAAGAGGAGAGAGAGAAGCUGAUAGGGUCGAGGAAGGGGUUGAAGAAGGAGAGGAUGGAGAAGAGGUGCGAGGAGAGAGAGAGUAAGGUUAAGAGGCUCAACGAGGCCAAGACGCAGGGACAGAAUAUAGUCGUCGACCUCGAAUUCGCCAGCCUCAUGACUCCGUCUGAGAUCAAUAGCCUCGUCCAACAGAUUAUGUAUUGCUACGCGAUGAAUGCAAGAUGCAGUUCCCCUGGCCACCUCUGGUUAACUGGCUGCCAUGGAGAGAUGGAGAUUCAAUUGCAAAGGCUUCCAGGGUUUGAUAAGUGGAUAAUAGAGAAGGAGAACCGACCGUAUGUUGAAGCUUUUCAAGAUCGUAAGGAACAUUUGGUAUAUCUCACAGCUGAUUCAGAAAAUAUUCUGGAGGAACUUGAUCCAAGGAAAAUAUACAUUGUCGGUGGGUUGGUGGAUCGGAACAGAUGGAAAGGGAUAACUAUGAAGAAAGCAGAAGAGCAGGGGAUUCAAACUGCAAAACUUCCCAUAGGAAACUAUCUGAAGAUGUCUGGCUCCAAGGUCCUCACUGUGAAUCAAGUAAUAGAAAUACUCCUCAAGUUUUUGGAGACUAGGGAUUGGAAGACUUCAUUCUUUAAGGUGAUCCCUCAAAGGAAAAGAUGUGAAGCUGAUUCAGAAAAAAAACAAGGAGAUUCAGAUGGAGAAGAUAACAGUGAGACUGCUGAUCACCUUAAGAGGAAAAAGAAUUGUGUUGAAUCCUGUCCUCAUCGUGAAAAAAAGCUUGAUGAAUGUUAAGAUCGAAACAGAUUCUCUACUUGAGGUCAAUCUUUACCAACAACGGCACCCCAGCCCAGAAGGUCACCAUCAUGGGGCUCUGGUGGAGGAUUCUCGGAUUCUCAUGUCACACAUGGGUGCCAAUCUCACUCAUGUUUACCGUCUUGCAAAUUAGAGCACGGACAACCUGGCAAGAUUUGGUGUGGAACAAGCAGAGGAGCUGGUAAUCUCCGUUGAUAUUCCGCCAUUGAACAAGGCCGUUCAUCAUCAAGGAUAGCCUGGGGAUUUGGCAUUGGAAUGUUUAAGCUGUCUCUAGUUUGGUUUUUAGGUCUAUUUAAACAUGGUGUUUACUGUUGACUCUAGUCUUAGUGCUGGACUUGUUCUGUUUGCUGCUGUUGGUUUGUUAAUCUUUGAAUUUCAGAUGUACCAAAAAAAGAACAAAGAAUCCUGUUGUGCAAAACUUCUACAGUGGUAUGGAAGCAUCAUGCUCUCGAUAAAUAUAGGACCAUUUGAUUGAAAA